AUGUCAACUUUCCAGAGGGAGAAUGACGCUCCUAAAUCCCUGUUCAAGAUGCUUGAGUCCGCAGUUACUCCCAUCGUGUCCGGGGAGUACAGUCACCACCGGGACAGAGCGGCCAUGGCAUCCCGGGUCUCCUUCACCCAGGUCCGGCUGGAAGCGGACCUGGAGCGCUGCCGGGCCGAGUGUCAGUGGGACAAGAUGCCGGCGAUCGUCGAGCAGAUGACGGCUGCGCGCUUCCACGAGGACGAUGAUUACGGGACGCUGUUGAUGGCCGAGGCGCUGCUGGAGGAGUGCCUGCAGGAAAACAUGGAUCUGUUAUGGAGCUCCACACCAUUGAUGGACAAGACCCAGCCCAAACUGAGCAGGGCUAAAGGCCUCCUCAACACCAUCCUGAGCCGAGGCCGUCUCACACCCAGGUACUUGAACGAGGCUCUGCUGCUGAUGGCCAAAGUGCACUACGUGCAGGGUCGCUACCGGGAUGCCCAGGGAAUGUGUGCAAGGGUGGGACUGGAGGAGUUGACGCAGGACGACCAGCCGGUCUACCACCUCCGCCUGCUGGCCGAGGCGUUCGUGAUUAAAGGGCUGUCUCUGGACCACCAGACAGUGUCGGCAGUGUCUCGUGUUCGUCUUUCAGAGAGAGAGGAGGAGAGUCUCUCCUGUUACCUCAGGGCCUGUGAUGCUGCUCUGUCCUACCUGCAGGAGCUCGAUAAGAUUGUCGCCACAACGCCCCAUGCAAAGACAGCCAAAACCAGUCUACUUCCUUCACCUGUUGAUAUCGACCUGGGCUACUUCCUGCAGGCUGCACUGCAGAGUGCUUAUCUGUGUCUGCUGCAAAGAGGUCAUCUUGCGCAGGGUGCUCACCAGUUGCGUAGGGUGCUCAGGGUGGUGGAGUCACGAGGGUCUCAGAGCUUCAGGAAGUCUGCAGCAAGGAAACUAGCAAAAGUGUUGCUGAGCUCUGUGAGUGAGGACAGCUACUGGCCCCCGCUGGGCCCCCCACCCUCAGCCUGGCUCAACAGAGAGGGAGCUGCCGCCUCCAAAGACGCCAUCUACCCCACUGUUAAACCACCGCAACGUUACAGCACAGAUUGUUGCUUCUGUCCUCAGGACGUGGUGGAGGAGGCUGUGUUGCUGCUGCUCAUCACAGAGUCCAUGGCCAGUGGCGAAGCAGUGAUCAGUCGUUUGCCUGACCAGGCCGAGGCUCGUCAGGCCAGCCUGCAGGAUGCCACCUCUGUCUAUGACCUGCUCACCAUCGGCAUGGCCAGGAGGGGGCAGUACGCCAUGCUGUCUGAGUGUCUGGAGCGAGCCAUGAAGUUUUCAUUCAACGAGUUCCACCUCUGGCACCAGCUGGGCCUGUCACUCAUGGUGGCCGGGAAGGGGGUUGGUGCUGUGUCCGUGUUUAAAGAGUGUGCAAGGAUGAGACCAGAGGAUCCUUCAUUGCCUCUGUUGGCUGUUAAAGUCUGCAUUGGUCAGCUGCACUGGUAUGAGGAGGCAGAGGCUCUGGCCCAAAGUGUGGUGUCGAUGGGGCAGGAAGCAGGAGAGUUUCUGCCCAGGGCCUACCUGGCUCUGGGUCUCUGCUGCAGUCUACAGGCCUCUGAUGCGACCCUGAAAGCAGAUCGGAAUGAGUUCAACAAAAAAGCGCUACAAGCUUUGAACAAAGCUCAUUCAUUAGACCCUCAGGAUGCUCAGAUUGCUAUGUACCUGGCUCUGCAGCUGGCCCUCGUACGCCAGGUAUCAGCAGCCAUGGAGCCCCUGCAGGCAGCUUUAUCUCUCCGUGGGGAUGACUUACACUCCCUCCACCUGCUGAUCCUGCUGCUGAGUGCCCAGAAACACCACCGUCAUGCCCUGGACACCCUGGGCCUGGCCCUCAGCCAGCACCCCGACAACUUCAAUUUGCUGUUCACAAAGGUGAAGCUUGAAGAGGCCCUGUUCGGCCCUGCUGCAGCCCUGCAGACCUGUGAAGAGAUGCUGCAGCGCUGGCAAACCCGCUAUGAUGUCAGCCGCUCCAGCGAGACAGAUGACAGCAGCAGUAUACCGAUGGCGGAGAGGGCAGAGGUCAGCCCUGGACCCAGGAAAGCCUCCAUCCACCUCACCCUGCCUGAUUUCCAGGACACCUCCACGGGUUCACUGAGUCCCACAUCGGUCGCAGUGUCUCGUCUGGAAGCGGCGCUGUCUGAGGUGUCAGACAUGAGCUCCAUUCGUCGCCAAGGUCCCACCUACAUCUGGGCCACCCUGGAACGCAUUUGGCUGCAGGCUGGGGAGUUGUUCAUGGCGGACAACCGGCUAAAGGAGGCCCAGUUCUGCAUAGCCGAGGCCAGCUCACUCUUCCCCAACUCUCACUCUGUGCUGCUGCAGAGGGGCCGCCUGGCCGAGCUCCGGGGUCAACUGGACGAAGCCAAAGGCCUGUAUGAUGAGGCCCUGGCCCUGCAUCCCACAGGAGAGCGCAUACUGGUGCACAUGGGUCAUCUGCUGGUAAAAACCGGGCGUGUGCAUCUGGGUGAGAAGGUCCUGCGUGAUGCAGUUCAGGUUCACAGCACCUCCCAUGAGGCGUGGAGCGGCCUGGGCGAGGCCCUGCAGUGUCGGGACUCCAGCCAGGCGCCCGACUGCUUCUUGACCGCCCUGGAGCUGGAGGCCUCCUGCCCCAUCCGACCCUUCACCAUCAUCCCCCGGGAGAUCUGAGAGGCCUGGGCUGGGGUGGGGUGGAGGUUUGGGUUAGAGUGAAGGAAUUGGCCUUUUGCUAGAAGGAAUGCUAAUGAAAAUGAAAAGCAAUGGGAAAAUGCACUUUAAAUGAAAAGUCUGUUUUUAGAAAAUAGGUGAGUUGGCUUUCUUGCAGAGAAGGAAAUGAAAACAUUGAUGCCACUCUCACAUCUGUCCUGUAAACAUGAAGCUAAAGCCUGUAUGCGGAUGACUUAGCUAACACCCCCCAUAAAACCACAACAUUGUGGUUUUACAUUUCAGUUUCCGUAUGAAUUAUCCAGUCAGAAGUAAUGUAUUAAUUUAUGGGAUUUAAAGGUGCUGGUGAUGGAUUUUGUUACCU